UCAGGGCGUGCCUUCUGCAUUUAUUUUAGACCUAUAGAAUCCAAAAAUAUCUAAAAUGUUAUCGCGAUAUAAAAAUUCCUUAGUGAUAUCAACGUUAUUCGUAGUAUUAAAUGUGUUCGUUUUGGAGUGCAGUUCUCAGUGCACUAUCCCUUUGAUUGUGAGGGGUGCGUGGUUUUCGUGGGAAAAUGGUCGAAAUACUCUGACUGAAUUAGAUGCUACGACUAUGACUCGUAGGGGUCAUUGUGUCGAUAUUAGGGACAGUUACCAUGUGAACUAUACCAUGGUUUUCAAGAAGGAGUCCUGCUAUACUUGCGUGAAAAUUUUGGUGAGGACUGUGAACGUCCUCGAGAAAAUGGAAUCAUCUUGUCAAAAUGUGCCUGAGCAUCAGGCAACAGUGGAAAGAGUCUGCAGAGCUCUAGAUCAACAUCAGCAGUUGAUUACUUUGUUUUCUGAAAAUUAUGUCCCUGUUAACUGUAGAUCUUCCCUUGAGGGUGUGUGGAAUUUUGCGUAUCAAAAUAGGUUUAAAUUCACUGGGGAGUGCCGUAACCCGGAUGCACAAAUUAGAUCCUGCCAAACUGCGGGGUCGCAGUUCUUAAUUACCAAUCAGAAGUUUAAUAUUACCUAUAAAAAGUGCGAAGGGAUGACCGGGACAUUUGAUGGACUUGUUGAAUACAGUUGUUUGGGGGACUGGUUUGUGGGUAAAAAUCACUUUUUUGCCGUGGCCAAUACUAAAGAAUCCAGGAAAGAUGAAAAGUAUCGUUGUUUUUUGAAAAAUCGCGAUGAUGAUUUGUAUUAUGGAGUUUCCAUUACCGCCGAGUGUAACACUCUGAAAACGGUGGAAAAAAGUCCGGAAAGAUUGCAUGUAACACCAGUAAAAUCUGAGGAAGUUAUAGCAGGAUGCAGACUGCCUCAAAAUUUCUCAGGGGAAUGGAUUAACACUGCUAAUAUAGAUGCUGAUAUAUUCAUAAAUGAAACUCAUAUCAUUGAAACUUGGUACCCAGAUGAAGGUAGAUACAGAAGAACAAUUUAUGUGUGUAAAGAACAAAGAGAUACCAGAAUUAUGAUGUCAAGAUUGACAGUUGAUGGAUGUCAAAAAGAUUACAUCUGCUUUGACUUUGUACCCCAGCACCACAACAUAAUUCGCUACCGUCGCGGCAUAGCAGUCAUCAAAGACGAUUUUAGCACGGUGUGUUCAUGGGUGCAGUUCCAGAACAAGGUAAAGUGGAGGUACGAUUUGUACCUGAAAAAGAACCCCGUACCCAUCAAAUGCCCGGUCGCUGGAAAGUUCAAUUUCACGCAGAAAGGAGACGUACCGUUCAUAACACGUAUUUUGGGUGGUGUUACUUUGAGCCCGCGCCCUAAUACCUAUUGUAAGCAAAACAUUUCGGACCUGUCGGUUUGCGAUACCGAGCAAAAGGAAAUCGCCAUCGAUGAAAACUAUUGUCUGUCGGUGGAUCAUUUGGGAAAGCCUGUGGAUAUUUACAGCGACCCUGAUUACAAAAUGAAGUGCGUCGGGUUUUGGAAAGAGAACUUGAAAUCUUACUUGGUCACUUACGACGAGCUGGACCCCCUUUCGAAAUACAGGUGCUGGGUCUACCAGAGGGCGGAUUUGAACAAAGUAUUGAUGUCGCAAGCAAUCGGUCCUUUCUGCGACCUAAAACAGGACGUCCGGUCGUGGAAUUACACAGAGGGCGCCUCAGUCGCCAUAGAAAUGCAGGAAUACGAAAGGGAGCGUGAUCAAUGCCCCAUGCACUUUGACGACGGUUCCAACCCCUGGUUGGAAACCGAAAACACCAUCCAGGUUUUUAAUUUCGGGUUUUUCAGUAGUUCAGCCACCACUUUAAUGUCAUCUUUUGGACUUAUUUUAGCUGUUGUCUUAUUUUUAGCGCCAUAAAGUUUAAGUACAAUAUUUUUUGAUAUUAAUUAUGUGGUUCUUGCAAUUUAGUGCCUUUGUAACAAUUUAAGUGUAAAUAUUUUAAUUUUAAUAUUUUAAUAUAAUGCAAACUUUAGAAU